GAAAGAAAGAACAAAAACAGAUUCAAAUUUUGAAGAAUUUAAUUCCAAAAAUUAGAGAUUCAAACAAUGACAAGAUUGCCAGAAGAAGUGCACUCCAACAAGGCUUUUGGAUGGGCAGCCAAAGAUAGCUCUGGUGUUCUUUCUCCCUUCAAUUUUUUCACAAGGGAAACAGGGGAAAAAGAUGUGACUUUCAAGGUGCUUUAUUGUGGGAUAUGCCAUUCAGAUCUUCAUAUGGUUAAGAAUGAAUGGGGAAAUUCCAUUUAUCCUCUUGUCCCCGGGCAUGAGAUUGUUGGUGAAGUGACUGAAAUUGGAUGUAAGGUUCAAAAGUUCAAAGUUGGAGAUAGAGUUGGAGUUGGCUGCAUGGUUGGUUCAUGCCAUUCUUGCGACAAUUGCAUCAACAAUCUUGAGAAUUACUGUCCCAAAAUGAUUUUCACCUAUGGGACAAAGUACUAUGAUGGAGCUGUUACACAUGGAGGUUACUCCAACACUAUGGUUGUCGAUGAACACUUUGUCGUUAGCAUUCCCGAGAACCUGCCUCUUGAUGCUACUGCCCCUCUUCUUUGUGCCGGAAUCACGGUGUAUAGUCCGUUGAGAUUCUAUGGACUCGAUAAGCCUGGUUUGCGUGUUGGUGUUGUUGGACUAGGAGGACUAGGCCACUUAGCUGUGAAAUUUGCAAAGGCAAUGGGAACCAAUGUUACGGUGAUCAGCACAUCUCCUAGUAAGCAAAAGGAAGCAUUGGAAAAUCUCGGAGCCGAUUCGUUUUUAGUCAGCCGAGACCAAGAUCAGCUUCAGGCUGCCAUUGGCACAUUGGAUGGAAUCAUCGAUACGGUAUCUGCCCAACAUCCAUUGUUGCCAUUGCUUGGGCUGUUGAAAUCUCAUGGGAAGCUUGUGAUUCUUGGUAUUCCAGGGAAACCAUUUGAGUUACAAGUAUUUCCUUUGAUUCAAGGGAGGAAAUUAAUAGGAGGAAGCAUGAUUGGAGGAAUGAAAGAAACUCAAGAAAUGAUUAAUUUUGCAGCUGAACACAACAUAAAAACAGACAUUGAAGUUAUAGCUAUGGACUAUGUGAAUACCGCCAUGGAUCGCCUUCUCAAAGGUGAUGUUAAAUACAGAUUUGUGAUUGACAUUGGUAACACAUUGAUGCCCUCCUCUUAAAGGUGUUUCCCUUGCAUUUAGAUAUAAAAACCAUCGAGACCAGUCCCGCAGUCUUAAAUUCCGGUAGUUUUCAUCUCCUUUACUAUGUAAUAAAAUUUGUUUGAGUACUUGAAUUGUUUUAAAAUUUUCAUGUUCAGUUAUGGAUUGAGAUAGCCUCUCUUUUUCUAGACUUUUAUGUGCAUUAAAAAAAUUCGUAUGAUAUAAUUAUUUCAUAAGGUUAAUCGUGAUUAGAGAUGAGCAAAA